AUGAAACUGUUUCACAAUUCAUCUUCCCUUCCCAUCUUAACGAAGCAGUGGAAAAGAAAAAGGAAAUUGGUUCUUCUGAAACUGAAUCGAAGUAACGAAGGAAGCAGAAAAGGAUUCAAGAAUGGUGAAAGUGGCAACGUACUUCGGCAUGUCCUUAGCAGCUUUCGUUUUCUGGCAAUCCAUGGACAAGGUCCAUGUCUGGAUCGCUCUUCGUCAAGACGAAAAGCAAGAGAGGUUGGAGAAGGAAGCGGAGAUCAGAAGGGUCAGAGAAGAAUUGCUGCGGCAGCAAGCUAA